GGAGCUCGAGUUUGGAACGCAGCCCCGGUCCGUGAUUUGUUUUGUUGUUUGUUAUUUGUUUCUGUACACUCUGUUGUUUUGCACUUCAUUUUGAAUAUCUUCACAUAUUUCUUUAUGUAUUGAAUUUUUGGGAAUAUAUCUUUUAAAAGCGAUGUUUUUACUAUAAAAUUACGUUCAUCAGAAAUAAACUUACCUCUAUUUAACCAGAAAACUAUCUAACAUUAGAAAAAUGGGAGUUACAGUUUUACAGCAGUAUCCAGUGCCAGAAAAUAAAACAGGGACAUAUGUGAUAGAACUGCUCUCAAAACGCAUAUUAGCACUAGGAGCUACUCAGCAAGGGCAGUUCCUUGUGGACUGUGAGAGCUAUUUAUCUCAUCCUCAAAUGGGUACAACAAAAACUGUACACAUACUACACAACUCUGAGCAACCGGCAUCUGUGUUCUCAAUCUUGGAGAGUGGUACAAAGAACAUACAUGUAAUUGCUGAUGGACUCUUUGACUUACUCAUGAUGAAGCUCUCGCAACAUUACACUUCUAAAAAACAGACAAAGAUUGAGAGCAAAGGGCCCAGGUUUGAGCUUGGGGAUUUCUGCGUUAAGUUAGGUUCUGUAACAAUGAAUCAGAAUUUCAAAGGCAUUCUGGUUGAGGUGGAGUAUCGGCCAUGUGUUAUGGCGAAUGCUGUCUGGGGACUGCUGCGAGAGUUCCUUCAAGGUCUCCUCGGCCCUACAAUACCAGUACAGCCUCCGCAACACCUCCUCAGUAGAAUGAACGAAAUAUACACACCUAUUGACACUGUAUACCAAUACUUAGAACACUUCAGUGCUUAUAGAAAAGUCACAGGAAUGAGGAAUGCGUGAAAUCUCCUUUAUGUACUGAAUAAAGUGAAGUGUAUUUAAAAAGGUUAUGUGCAGUGAAUAAAAACCUUCUGAUGGACUUAUUUUUAACUUAAGUAGGUAUUUAAUUUUGUGAUUUGUAGCAGAAGA